AUGUCUCAAAGCGCGGAUACAUUAGAUACGUCCAUUCGCAUGGGGCAAAGCGCUCUAGCGAGUCUGGCAUGCGAUGGUAUGGUAGCUCCGAGCCCGCCUCUAUCUAGCUCACAAUCUUGCAGUUCUCUUAUGUUACGAAAUCUUGAUUACCCUCGAAGACGAGCUGGAUAUAUUGUGGCGGCGGCGACUCAACGCUACGUCAGCCGUCUUCUUCUUGUUUCGUCUGACAAUGGUCCUUCAAGCUGCGUUCGACCUGUUGCCCUCGAUGCUUCUCCCGGUGACUCAAACCAGGUCAGAGAGUGCGAUAUCCCGAUGAUCGGUUCGUUUUUGAGUUUAUGGGAAUUCUUUCUGGCUGCUGUUUUCUCUGCCUUACGCAUCUUUGCCAUCUCCGAUCGCAACUUGACACUCGCCGCCGCUGUCUUUUUGCUUGGGAUCACACCCAUCGCCACCAAUAUAGUACGUCUGAUCAGAGUACAGUUUGGCGAGACUCGGACCGCAUACUACACAGUCAACACCGCCCUCCGAGUCGAAUGCGUUCCAUUGAUUAUGGUCUCUCCACAGCUGAGUUUGAUUUCACCAAAGCUGAUUGCUAAGUCCAGUAUGCUCCUUCUAUGCCGCAUCCCCGUAGUGGCAGCAGAUGCGCUGGUGCUGCUGGUGACCGCUCUCAAGACCUACCGAGGAGUGGCGGAGGCACGCCGCAUCCACAGAACAGAUGUUUCACUCGCCAAACGACUCACUAGAGGUACUUCGCUUGCCGAGUGCCUGAUUCGAGAUGCUUUGACCAACCUGACACAGGUCUUUUAUACUUCGCCUCUGUGUGUUCUCACUAGAGCUCUGCUCACAAUGAAUAUUUCACGAAUUUUUGUGAAUUUUCUUCAGGUCCCAAGCGUGAUAGACCCUUUCAUGAAUAAUAUCCCCUUGGUCCUUAUAGGUCGCUUCAUGAUAAACCUCCGGCGCAUUGUCGAUUCCCGCGCGAGCCCGGAGGACGGUCACUUCUCUUCCCUGCAAUUCGCCGUCCCGUACAGCAGGCUUGGGAACAUUGGUGAGACACUUGAUCAAGGACAAAUGGUGGAGUUGGAGGACGAGCACGUCGAGACGUCUCCUGGGCAGCAGUAG